UUACACGGCAGCUAUACCUACUAACUCCAAGUCCCACAGGGGAAAUGUGAACCUUAGAGUUCCCAGCUCCUGCGCCAUCCUCUGUGUGGCUCCUCACAGGGAGCUGGAACGCCACAGUAAAGGCCAAGCAUCCAGAAGAGGACAAAUCCAAGAUCUUGGAGACAUCUAAGGCUUAAUGGGGACUUUCCCACAUUUCGGACUGCUGCCCUCCAAUGACGCUCUGAGUCACUGAUCCAAGUAUUGGCAACAUGUGGAAGCCCAGGGCAAGUCAGUGUCACUAGCCUCCAAGUCUAAGCAGUAGCCGAGAACCAGUGUGAUCUGAAACUCCAGCAAGUACUAGAGAAAGCCUCCUGUGUUCAUGGAAAGAGGAAAUGAAAGGAUUUCCAGCCAAUCACAAGGAACUAUCCACCGCUCCAAAGAGCCCACCUUCGUUAUCCAGCAGGCUACCCUGCCGAGUGACCUCCAUUCAACCCUUCUGCAGGAAACACAGUGUGGCGGUCUAACCAAAAACAUAAAGGCUAACACUCAGAAAAGGAGACCGGGAACAGUGAUUCUAUCAAAACGCUCAAGUCGAAUUAUGUCAGAAACCCAGCCUAGACCCCCUGUGAUCCCAUCCCGCAGGCCAGGGUUCCGGAUAUGCUAUAUUUGUGGCCGAGAAUUUGGGUCCCAGUCACUUGCCAUUCAUGAGCCCCAGUGCUUGGAGAAGUGGCGCAUUGAGAACAGCAAACUACCCAAGCACCUGAGGAGGCCAGAACCCUCCAAACCGCAGCCCAUCAGUGGCACUGACUCCUACAACCUUCAGGCAGCCAAUGAGGAAGCAUUUGAGAGUGCCCAGGCUCAGCUGCUGCCCUGUGAAAACUGCGGCCGCACAUUCUUGCCAGACCGUCUCCUGGUUCACCAGAGAAGCUGCAAGCCAAAGGGUGAGAAUCCUGGACCACCAAGCAUGGGUAGUUCUAAUAUUCCUACUGGUCUCAAGAAAGCUUCUAGCGGCAUCCCAGCCCGACCAAGGACUCUCAUCUGUUACAUUUGUGGUAGGGAAUUUGGCACGCUGUCCCUUCCUAUCCAUGAGCCCAAAUGCUUGGAAAAGUGGAAAAUUGAGAAUGACCAACUCCCUAGAGAGCUGCGUCGGCCACUGCCCCAGAAGCCUCAACCCCUUCCAACUGGACAGUCCAGCCAAGAGGGGGCGAGUCAAGCCGCACUUGUGCCUUGCCCGAAUUGUGGCCGGACUUUUGCUGUGGACCGCCUACCUGUACACCAGAGAAGUUGUAAGUCUCAACCAAAAACUUCAAAUUCGAACAUAGAAAGGAAAGGCGGUUCAAAUCCACCCACUAAUUCCAAGCAACAGAGGAACAUGGAAUCACCCAAUGGGGACAAGCCAACAAUGAUAAGGCGUCCACCAACAGUUGUUUGUUACAUCUGUGGCCGUGAAUAUGGGACCAAAUCUAUUAGCAUUCAUGAGCCACAAUGUCUGAAAAAGUGGCAUAAUGAGAACAAUCUGUUGCCUAAAGAACUAAGAAGACCAGAACCGAAAAAGCCAGUAGUCAGAACCAUUACUGCCAAAGGGUUCUACGAUCUUGAUGCCUUAAACGAAGCUGCUUGGACAAGUGCCCAGAGCCAAUUGGUUCCCUGUAACGUUUGUGGGCGGACCUUCCUGCCAGACAGACUAAUUGUUCACCAGCGAUCUUGUAAACCCAAAGCCUCCAAGUAAAGUCCUUUCCUCAGC